AUGGCGUCCGAGACGAGCGUCGCCGACGAGAAGGCGCCCGCUGGGCUGAGCCGCUACGAGGCGGACGCGGAGGACGGGCAGGAGGGCGGCGGCGACGGCAAGUCUCGGCUGUCCGGCCUGCUGUGGCACGGCGGGUCGGCGUACGACGCGUGGUUCAGCUGCGCGUCGAACCAGGUCGCGCAGGUCCUGCUCACGCUGCCCUACUCGUUCGCGCAGCUGGGCAUGGUGAGCGGCAUCCUGUUCCAGCUCUUCUACGGCCUCCUCGGCAGCUGGACCGCCUACCUCAUCAGCAUCCUCUACCUCGAGUACCGCACCCGCAAGGAGAAGGACAAGGUCGACUUCCGCAACCACGUCAUCCAGUGGUUCGAGGUGCUGGACGGGCUGCUGGGCCGGCACUGGCGGAACGUGGGGCUGGCCUUCAACUGCACGUUCCUGCUGUUCGGGUCGGUGAUCCAGCUCAUCGGCUGCGCCAGCAACAUCUACUACGUGAACGACCACCUGGACAAGCGGACGUGGACCUACAUCUUCGGCGCCUGCUGCGCCACCACCGUCUUCAUCCCCUCCUUCCACAACUACCGCGUCUGGUCCUUCCUCGGCCUCCUCAUGACCACCUACACCGCCUGGUACAUCGCCGUCGCCUCCCUCAUGCACGGCCAGGCCGACGCCGUCAAGCACUCCGGCCCCACCACCAUCAUGCUCUACUUCACCGGCGCCACCAACAUCCUCUACACCUUCGGGGGGCACGCUGUCACCGUGGAGGUGAUGCACGCGAUGUGGCGGCCGCAGAAGUUCAAGGCCAUCUACCUGCUGGCGACGCUGUACGUGCUCACCCUGACGCUGCCGUCGGCGUCGGCGGCGUACUGGGCGUUCGGCGACGAGCUGCUCACGCACUCCAACGCGCUCUCGCUGCUCCCGCGCGACGCCUGGCGCGACGCCGCCGUCAUCCUCAUGCUCAUCCACCAGUUCAUCACCUUCGGCUUCGCCUGCACCCCGCUCUACUUCGUGUGGGAGAAGCUCAUCGGCCUCCACGACUGCCGCAGCCUCUGCAAGCGCGCCGCCGCCAGGCUCCCCGUCGUCAUCCCCAUCUGGUUCCUCGCCAUCAUCUUCCCCUUCUUCGGCCCCAUCAACUCCGCCGUCGGCUCCCUCCUCGUCAGCUUCACCGUCUACAUCAUCCCUGCCAUGGCGCACAUGGUCACCUUCCGCUCACCACAGUCCCGCGAGGAACGCGGUGGAGCGGCCGCCGCGGUUCGCCGGAGGCUGGACGGGGGCGUACGUGAUCAACUCGUUCGUGGUGGCGUGGGUGCUCGUCGUCGGCUUCGGCUUCGGCGGGUGGGCCAGCAUCACCAACUUCGUGCAGCAGGUGUCCACCUUCGGCCUCUUCGCCAAGUGCUACCAGUGCCCGCCCCACCCGGCCCUCGCGUCGCCGUCGCCCAUGGCCCCGAGCCCGUCCAUGCCGUUCGGCUUCAACAUGACCGGCAUGUUCGCCCCGAUGUCCGCCCCGUCUCCGGCUCCGGCCCCGGCCCCGAUGCAUCUCGGGUCGCUUCACCACCACCACCGGCACCACCGCCACGGUCUGUGAUCGCAAGGAGGGACGACGCGCACGAUGGAUGA